AUGAAUCUACAAGAUGUGAUUGACACCGAGUCCGUAAGAGCUCGGUUUCCCGGCUUGGCUGGAGACACGGCCCUUUUUAACAAUGCGUCCGGAACUGUGGUUCUCAAGGGUGCAAUUGAAAGCGCCAGCAAGCUAAUGCGUUCGAUGCCUUUGCCAGGAGGCUCCGAUGCAAAGAGCAAAGAGCUUCUCCAAGAAUACAUAAACAACAAGAAAUGUGUCAGCGCAUUCCUGAAUGCCUCGCCCACUGAAAUCACAUUUGGCCAGUCAACAACCUGUCUCUUCCGAUUGCUCGCGACUUCGCUAAAGCCCAAGUUGAAUGGCGACUGCGAAAUAAUUUGCUCGACCCUCUGCCACGAGGCAAUGACAAGCGCAUGGAUUCACCUUGCUCAAGACUUGGGCGUCACAAUCAAAUGGUGGUCGCCGGACCAAAAGGACCCUGACGAUCCGUCCCUGAGCCUCGAGUCGCUGAAACGGCUUCUGACUGCAAAAACCCGCAUCGUCACCUGCAAUCACGUAUCCAAUGUUAUUGGAACCGUCCAUCCCAUCCGGGAGGUUGCAGAGGCUGCCCACUCCAUCCCCGGCUGCAUGCUGGCAGUUGACGGGGUGGCUUACGUGCCCCAUCGCCCGGUCGAUGUCAAGACGCUCGACGUCGACUUCUACUGCUUUAGUUGGUACAAGGUCUUUGGACCGCACAUGGCGACCCUGUAUGCCAGUACGAGGGCACAGGACCAAUACAUGACGAGUAUCAAUCACUUCUUUAUAGCCCCAACGUCACUCGAUGGCAAACUUCUCCUGGGGAUGCCGUCCUUUGAGCUCCAGAUGAUGUGCUCGCCGAUCGUUCACCACCUGCAGGAAGUUGUGGGAUGGGAGACCAUCACGAAGCAGGAAGCGCUACUGACCAAGGUUGUUCUCGAUUACUUGCUUAGCAAGCCGCUCAUGUAUCGCGUCUUUGGAAGACGAAGCGCAGACCCGUCACAGCGUGUCUCAAUCAUCACCUUCGAGGUACGGGCGUGCCAAUCCGGCCAUGUAGUCUCGCAGAUAAAUGAAAGAAACCGCGUCAGGAUACUCUGUGGAUAUUGCUUGGCGCCGCGCCCCACGUGGGAUGUAUUGAAGCCAGUUAGUAGCGAUGGUCUCAUCCGGGUCAGCUUGGUGCACUAUAAUACAGUUGCAGAGGCUGAGGUGUUUUGUGACGAGCUUGACAGGGUUGUGAGUCAGGCAACCUGUGCCGGCUCGGCGGGCUGA